GUUACCUGUGAAAUUAUGAACACAUAUUACAGACAGUUGACGAGAUAAGCGUUUUAUACAACUGGCUGUAUCUUUGUAUUUGUGAGCAGCAACUGACACUUGCUAUAACUUGACUCCUGCGGCUCAAGCAUCGGGCUCCCACUUCCUGCAUGUGAUAAAAGCCGUACAGCAACAACGCCAGCCGAGCCUGCACCGCCUGUUGGCGCCAGUGAGCCGGACGGAUCCAGCAACCAUGUCCACUGUGUCCAGUACGUCCGGUGAGAGUGUUCUCUGCAAGACCUACCACGCACCCACAAGGUACACCUUUUAUUAUCACUUAAGUCCAUUUUAAAAGCGGAUUCACAAAGACAUAAACAGUUGCUUUCAUGGCUGACCGGAUUAGCAAUAGCAAUAACAGAAGGCGCACAUCUCUGUUCUUGCUGGUAUAAAAAAGUAAGUUCAAAUAAAUUAGCAGUUAGUAACAAACUAAAUAUUAUCAUAGGCGUCGGUAGCUGAGUGCAAGAAUACGCAUUUGCGCCCCCCCCCCCCCUCCCACCUCUCUUUUUUUUUUGUGGGGUCCAUUUCCAUACUUUCCGGGAUGUUAAAUCUGAAUUAUUUUAACUUUGGCGCCAACAUGAAAAGCGUUCAGUCUUCAUUGACAAUUUUAUAUUCCUCAUCCCACCCCCUUUUUCACAAACUUCAGUGACGCCCCUGAAAUUGACUGAAGUAUAAGCUUUUAAACCCAGGUCAACAGGGGACCUCCAGAACAAGUACACUCCAUCCACUCGUAAUUUACGUUGUUUUUUUUUUUUUUUAAACGAGUAACACUGUUAAUGUUACAAUGUUUCUGGGUGGAGAAAUCCCACUGACCUGCUAACCCCUGGGCGCGGUGGAUUUCAUAUCACCAACAUCUCGCACCUCCACACAGCCACCCGGGGGGGCACAUUGUAAAAAUCAGUGGCUCCGGGGGGGGGGGGGGUGAUGAUGGCAUUAGCGUUACCCUUCCUAACCCCCCCCCCACCCACCCGUGGGAGUGAAUGGAUUUUGGGCUACGUGCCUGCAGUGCACUUUGGUGCAGCGUGUACUUUUUAUACACUAAUUUCCCAUUUCGUAACCACUUAUUGCACUCAGGGUACUCAGGGUGUCGUUGAAGAGCUUGGAGAACAACGUGAAACAUGUAAGACAUUUGAUCAAUGCAGGCGUUAUUAUUGAAAAAAAUAUGGGUUUUUUUUUUGUCUAUGUUGAAUUAAAAUACUCAAACUGCUAAAGGCACAAAAAGUAAUGACGUCACACUCAAAAUAAAGACGACACACUGAAACUAAUGAAGAUACACUAAAAGUAAUGACGUCACACUAAAACUAAGGACGAGAUUAAAACGAAUGACGUCACACUAAAAUUAAUGACGACACUAAAAUUUAUGACGACACACAAAAGCUAAUGAUGACAAACUAAAACUAAUGACGACACACUAAAACUAAUGACGACACACUAAAACUAAUGACGAAACACUAAAACUAAUGACGACACACUAAAACUAAUGACGACACACUAAAACUAAUGACGACACACUAAAACUAAUUCCGCCAUUUCUCAGACUCGCCACUCCAGUAAUUGAAGCAAUACUUUCUGAUUCUAUGAGUGGCAGGGUCCAAGCUAAUUUCCAAGGCGGCUAUAGACAUAAUAAUUAGAUGUCAUUUCAUAAGUGCCCAUACUUUGCAUAGGUGGGAAACUAGAAACUCUAAAAAAUAGUCUAAUUUUAAAAGUGCAGGCUGUCAAGCCAAUGGGAGAUAUUAAAUUGUUCUAUUAAUAGCAAUACAUGUUUCAUUGCCCUUAGAAGCACUUUCGCAAAUGUCGCCGAGUUUAUUUAAGAUGUAUCACUUAUAGAAAAUGUUCCGAGUCACAUACAUCAAUGCCCCUGACCCCAGGUGUAUACGUCAAUAUCCACCGGUGACAACCCCCCCACCCCCUCCCCCCCCCUCCGCCCCAUCCUGUAGAUAUAUCAACUCAUCCAAACCGAAGAGAUCUUACUGAAUGAGUCCUGGCAAACUUUGGCGGGAUCUUCUGUUGUCAGCGGGCAGUGGACCACCGCACGUCACGCGACCCGAAGGUCGUGGAAUGUCAUCGGAUGUGGCCGGACGGAGGUCAGACAACUAACAUCAUUGAAAAGCUAGGGUGGGGUGGGGGGGCGGGUUAGAGUGGUAGAAUUUGCUGAACUUAGAAAAGCUUUAUCCUGACCCCUAAAUUUUGGUCUAUAACCAUAUCACGCGAGUGGGGAUCUGAAGGGAAACAGUUGAACAUAUUUAGGCCGGGGGUUUGGGGGGGGGGGAUGAUGAACGUUGAGUGUUUCAGACUUAUACAACAGCAAUAGACAUUUAUAGGACUUUACAUGUAAUCUAAAUUAGUCACGUACACUGUUACAUACCGUUGUAUGGUUUUACAAAUUCUCGUUGGAUGAACAAUACGCAUCAAAGGACUGAAAACCAGUGUACGAAGAAAAAGGAUACCAAAAGUAGUGAGAUUAAUAAUAUUAAAUUCAAUUAUAAUAUUACUUGUAUUAAAACAUACAUUUAAAAAAAUCAAAUAAACAAGGAAAAAAAUUAUAUUAAUUGACGGCACAGCAAGUGAAAACGUAUGGUCUCGAAAGAUACACAUAUUAACAGAUUCCCACACAAAGAGUAAAAGCUUGUGCGGCUCAUACAUAAGUAUGGUAAGUCGCGUAAGUAAGUCUUAGACUUCUGGUAAAAAUAUCUCCCGGCUGGGAAAGCUGACGGCUUAUUUUCUGGGAGGAUGUCAGAAGCCUAUAGAAAAGAAAUUCUAGAAAUUGCAUCACCGAUAGCAAUUUUUUAGAAAAAAAUUUAAAACGUAGGCAACCUUUUCCCAAUCAAAGGAGGGAUGGGCAAAGGUACAGCGCUGCACAUUUCAUCGGUGACGCCAAAAUCAAUUGAAAAAGGGAGAGAGGAGUGGUGGAACGCGUUACCUCUUCGCUGAGACAAAAUUAGGUCAACACACGGGUUACAACGUAUACGCUUAGAGACUGUAUAUAACGUUUCGUCAACUUUCUAAAGUAAUUUUUAUUUUUUACAGAAAUAAACUGAUCGACCCCUGACGGAUUUAAUAAUCUGAUCUCUGGGGGUCAACGUUGCUCAAAACGUACAGUGGCUCCCUCUUCUUUUUCUUCAAGCAUUCGUUUAAUAUGUUCGUACCAGCCGCCAUUGAGACAGUGGAGGUCGCGUCCACGUACCAGGAGUCCCGUACCUAUUGUCCUAGUCGCCUAUUCCCCCGUCCACACAUCUUUGUAAUUAAUUACACUCAACCACCUUGUCAUGGCCACCUACCAUUUGUGGACACCUUACAUCGACAGAGGUGGAAAAAGUGGGCGGCGGGGGGGGGGAAGAGUGAGAGAGGGGAGAGAGAGGGAGAAUAAGUUGUUUUAAAAAGUUUUUCUUGAACCCACCCACCCCACCAACCUCGCCCCACCCCCCCCCCAACCGCCCCCCUUUCGCCAUUUGGGGACAGGGAUACGUGUACUGCCUAUUCCCCCGUCCACACAUCUUUGUAAUUAAUUACACUCAACCACCUUGUCAUGGCCACCUACCAUUUGUGGACACCUUACAUCGACAGAGGUGGAAAAAGUGGGCAGCGGGGGGGGGAAGAGUGAGAGAGGGGAGAGAGAGAGAGAAUAAGUUGUUUUAAAAAGUUUUUCUUGAACCCACCCACCCCACCAACCUCGCCCCACCACCGCCCCAACAGCUCUCAUUUCGCCAUUUGGGGACAGGGAUACGUGUACGCUAAAAUACUGUUGUUGUUUUUUUAAUUUAUUUUUUGUACAAGUUGUUGUACAAGCCAAGGGAGACUACACGCUACGGCGUUUGAAACUGGGGCAUCGUGUAUCCUGAUUUCAUCAUCGCAUUCCGAGGGUGUGUUCGGCUCAGCCAAUCGUCGCCGCGCAAACUGUCAACACUCGUGACGAUUAGCAAUCUCUGGCCGAGGUCACCGGGGUUAAAACUUUUCCUCGCCCCCGCCAAGAGCAGGGUGUUGCCCGUAACGUGAGCAGACGCGGUGUCGUAUGAUGGCAAUCGAUAGUCCAGGUCAUUGCUAGGGACUUUAACCAUUGGUUGUUAAAAUCGUUAUAAUUAUUUCCACUUUUUUUUUUUUUUCAUACUUGGUUUUCGUAUUAGAUUUCGUACAGUUAAUAAGACGCGAAUAGAAAUGUGAUAAAUAGAUUACAAUAACUUAAAUCUGGCCUGCUCAACAUACGGCCCGUGGGCCCCAUGGGGCCCUCCAGCAUCUACUUUGUGGCCCGCGAGGUAACGAAAAACUCUUUAUUCUUAUUAUUUUCAAAAUAGCUUCCCCCCUGACCUAUAUUCUUUUGUCCUGUUCAAGUCCUGUUCUAUUUUCUUUUGGCCCGCACACGUUUUUCAUAAUGUAUUACGGCCCACCUUACAUUUUGAGUUGUGCAGGCCUGACUUAAAUACAUAACCCUACUUUUGAUGGAUUUAAAAGUACGCGCAACCUCAUCUUCGACCCACAAGUAUGAAGAAAUUACAAAUAGCAACACAGCACCCCCUAUCCACCAAACAAUACUUUCACUGUGUUUUAUUUGUUAAUUACACUAAUAGGUCCGCGUGCCGCGGAACAUUGGUGUGCCGCAAGACGAUACUAGGUGUGCGGCGGUAAAAAUUCCCCCCCCCCUUUUUUUUUUCUUCCAAUGUUAUUUAAAGAAACUCAUAAAGACGAUUUAAAUUUGAUAAAACAAUGGGGGCGGUGAUUGGCUAGAUAAAACAAAGGGGACGAUGAUUGGAUAGAUAAAACAAUGGGGACGGUGAUUGGCUGGAUAAAACAAAGGGGACGGUGAUUGGCUAGUUAAAACAAAGGGGACGAUGAUUGGCUAGAUAAAACAAAGGGGACGAUGAUUGGCUAGAUAAAAUAAAUGACCGUUUAGUCUUCGCUAAACAUGCAAGGUCAUACGGUGCCCGAUGUGGCUUUAAAUAACCGUAUCAACUCAAAAGCUCGCCUAAAGACCAGAUCACACUUGUUAUUAUAAGGGUCAAACACUAAACUUAACAUCUCUAGUUUCAAUGAUAUCUUACAAUUAAUGUACACCUUAAGACCGGUCAUGUACGCUUUCUGACGGUAAGCACAACGGAAUGCAUUUGGACGCCAAUCAAAUGCGUAGCCAAGAGGGUGGGGGGUGGGGGGGGGGACAGGUGUGAGGUGUCCCCGGGCGCCAGCUAGUAGGGGCGCCAAAAUGUGCUUUGAUUUUUAUUUUAGUGAUGAAAAUAAUGGGUUCGGGAGUUGAAAAAAAAGAAAAGGGGGCGCCUUGAAAUGAAUCUUGUCCCUGGGCGCCAAACGCUUUCGCUACGCCUCUGACUCCAAUACACUUUAAAUCUCCUGAAUUCUUUUCUUCUUAUAUCUAUACAUCAAUUAAAAACGUUCACCAUUUGGCCUAGUUAUGGGGCAUGACGUUUAAGAAACCUUUGCGGCGAUGUUAGAUGUGUGAUUGUAAAUAAUUGGAAUCGUACCGGAGUCUCGAUACUAUGAAUACCAACUAAGACUUGCACGUGUUAGUUUUGUUAAAAUAAGCGUUGGUAUUGAAGAACGCAUAUCCUCGUCCAUACGUUGUGCGAGAUCUACAUGCCAUAACUAGCUGGGAGAGUUCAUUCAUAUCUUCCAAACAUUGGGACCACCGCGUCCGCGUCACCCACGACAACAGCAUAGCACAGCGUCAUUGAAGCGGAUAGUUGCGUUCCCCUAGGGCGUGUGGCAUUGUGACAAGCCGGAUCUCGACAUUCUCCAUUUCAUCCCAGAGUCUUCUUUUUUUUAAUCAGGAGGACAUCCUGGCACGUGAAGCGAUCUCGUGUUGGAUAUCUAUGUCAAUCUACGUUCAAAAUCAACCGUCCGCAACGAAAGGAGGAGGAAUUUUCCGUUGAAUAUCUUAUGUUAUGGUGUCAGGAGUCACGAGGUUUUGGUGGAGGGACGGGAAGUUGGGGGGGGGGGGGAGGGGGGGGGGGGGGGGGGAAUCGGUGUGAAGGGAAAUAGGGAAAUAGUUUUAUUUGGUAAUUAUUUUUUUUACUAACACAUUUUACAAAAUAAGUGUCGAUGUUGAAGGUUGAAAUGUAAGGGUAUUCAAUUCAUUUAUUUUGUCAUAAAAAUGUAUAUAUCGGCUUCAUAAUAAAUUAUUAUUAACUAAUUUAAAAUAUUUAACAAUAUCCACUAUAACCUCAUUGAUUCACGUUCCUCAAUGAUUCGUGUGCCUCAUUGAUUCAUGUUACUCAAUGAUUCAUGUUCCUCAUUGAUUCAUGUUCCCCUUGUGCGCCGACUGCAUUCAGAUUUUCGUUCUCUUUUCAGCUAUUCACUGCUGCAAUCGAAGACGAAGAACGUGCCAUUGAAAACAUUAACCGCCAUCUUAGCCCUCGUCUGCCUGCUGCUAACGCUGACCGUAAUUAUUUUAACAGUUUUACCAAGAUUUUCCAUCGGUGACCCACGCGUGGAGGACAGCUGCCUCGUUAAAGACGGGAUCGACAGCAUGGAGCUGUACAAUGGCCGGGCAGACGUCUUCUCUGAUCUCCACGAUUACGAGAUCAAAAUCAUAGUGGACUUCAUCCACGGGCAAAGGCAUUUAAACCUAACCCUGCCCCAGGACGCGGGCUUGAACAGCAACUACAUCCACGUCGUGGAGAUGAUCUCCCCGCCGAAACAAGAAGUGCUGCUGUACCUAGAUAAAAAGGGACCCAGGCCUCAGCGAAUGGCGCGCGCGUUUAUAUUUAGGGGCGGGUUGCAAGAACCCGUUGUCGAAGAAUAUCUUGUAGGUCCGUUGCCGAAUCCGAACAGUAUGUCUCUAAUGAAGACGAACUCUAGAAAGACGACGAUUCCAUAUAAUGUCCGACCUUUCUCGGCGUUUGAACUCAAGGCAUUCCGAGUGCAUGCGCUACCGAAGAUCUUGGGGCGAAUCUACAACGUGUUGAAAGAGAGCUACAACGCCACACUGGACAACUGUGCCAAGAAGUGCCUCAGGUUCAUGAUUACCCCUGUGUCCAGCGGCUUUCUUGAGCCAGGGCGUCGAAAAUCGUGGUUUUGGUUCGCGUACGAUUUAGAGUUUUACACCCUGCACCCGUUAGACUUUCAGUUCCUCGUGGAUACAACAGAUUCGGAUCCCAGGCGAUGGGAGAUCCAAAAAAUAUUUUAUGCCAACCAGCUGUUUCAAAGUAUCGAUGAAUUAUUGGAGAAGUAUGCCGGCAAUAACAUAAAUAAAACCAGGUCCUCCUUCCCCGUGCUGCCCACAGAGGAUCAGUACAGUGCCGUCUACCUCCGCGGCGUUCCCGUCCCGAACGAGAACCGCCCCCCGCCCCAACAGGUCCAGCCGGCUGGGCCACGGUACACGGUUAACGGCAACCUCGUGCAGUACAUGGACUGGAGGUUCAACGUCCGGGUCUCGCCAACGUUCGGGACCCAGUUCUUCGAUAUACGGUACAAGGGGGAGAGAAUCAUCUACGAGCUGAGCAUGCAGGAGAUAGCCGUCCUCUACUCGGGCCACUCUCCCGCGGCCAGCAUGCUGUACUUCGCAGACAGCGCGGGGUUGUUUGGUACCCGGAUGAGGGGCAUGAUGCCAGGGAUGGACUGCCCGGAUUAUGCCACCAUGCUCGACGCUGUGAUGUACACGUCAAACGACAAAGGAACUCGGCGGUUCGAAAACUCCAUGUGCAUAUUUGAGCACAGCCCGGAGACGCCCCUGCGCCGACACAGGGCCUACGGGAUGUCGGGGGCGUUCUACAGCGGACUAAUCGACUACGUUUUAGUGGUCCGAAUGUAUAUAUGUAUCAUCAACUACGAUUACGUUUUUGACUUCGUCUUUCACAACAACGGGGGUAUCGAGGUCAAGGUCAGCGCGACGGGCUACUUAGCAACAAGUUUCUACUAUCCUGAGGAGGAAAAGUUUGGGACCCGCAUAAGUAAGAAUGUUGUGGCAGGACUUCAUCAUCAUCUCUUUCACUUUAAGGCUGACGUUGACAUAAACGGCGUGGACAAUCGGUUUCAGACGCUGAACAUCGGGGCCGAGAGGAAGACCAACGUCUGGGCCGAGGAUCCGACACGCGGCCAUACGCAGAACUAUUUCCGCAGCGAAUACAAAUCCACCGAGAGAGAGGCCCUCUACGACUUUGAUUUCCAUCACCCCAAGUAUCUUCUGUUCUCCAGCAACAAACCCACAGAGCUGGGACACACGCCGUCGUACAGGCUGAUCCACAAGGGCAUGACCAAGGCCAUUCUCCCCGAGGGCGAAGGGUUCGAGCCGUCCGUCAGCUGGGGGCGUCACCAGAUGGCGGUGACCAGGCAGAAGGACGACGAGAUGUCCAGCAGCUCCAUGUUUGCCAUGUGGGACGCCGAGGACCCGGUGGUCAGUUUCAAAAAGUACUGGGAGGACAACGAAGACAUCUUAGAUAAGGUAGGCCGAACACAAUGCGUAUUAAAUAUUAAUGACGUUGUAUUGGAAGAAAGAAAAUUAACUCUGCUGCAGCAACAGUGACUUCACAAUUUAAUUUAAUUUUAAAUUCUUUUUUUUUUCCCGCCAAAGACCUACAGACCCAGCAUUCAAAAGAAUUUUUUUUUUUAAUCCUGAUGAAUUUACCCAUACAAUUUGUGACACGAAGAGUUUGCACUUUAAUAUUUCUGUAGGACUAAUCCUUAAAGGUCGCCAGGUAGGGUGUGUAAGACUGUCUGCAUUCCUGUUGUUUAAAGGACGGCAUACAUUAAAGACAAUGAGACGUUAACAUUUUGUUGUAACACUUGAACCCACCGGGUUUUUUCUCAAAAUACCCCGACCCGGUGUAAAAAAAAAAUUACCCGGUUAAGCCCUAGUAAAAAAAAAAAAAAAUUUUUAAUAUGCUCGUUUAACCCUUUCUGGUAGAGGUAGUUUGAGAUCCUAUGUAACAGAUUUACCAUGUUCGGGCUUGGAGGGGCCUCGCGCGCACGUCGACAUGCUCCGCAUAACUCCAUGACCGCCGUAUAAACAUUCUCCAUCAUGCAUCAGUCACACAAGAAUUUCGCCCCAAACUCUCAAUUAUUUUAACUGACAGAAGACUCGACACAUUUUAGAGGUCAAAAGGUGCCUGGUACAGGCCAUGUUAUUCUCCAAUAAAGAGUCUUAAGAGUGCUGUUCACGCUACUGUUGUUGUUGUUGGUUUUUCUGGUGCGCGUCUUUCUGCUUUAAUUCGUUCUUGUGCAAUUUGAUGUGCACUCUUUUCCAGUGCAAUGUAUUCGCGUGCACUUUAUUAUAGUGCACUUAAUUAUGAUGCAUUCUAUUUAACGCAGUUUCUUUUAUAAUGCGGUGCAAAUUAAUCUGGUGCACUUUAUUGUCCUGCAAUUUAUAAAGGUGGACCAUAUUCGUAUGCAUUUCAUUAUCGCCAAGUUAUGCCGGUCACUCUGUCUGUCGCAAUUCCUGGUGCCCUUUAUUAUCGUGCAAUUUAUUCUGUACACUUUAUUUUCCUGAAUUUUUUCUUAUGUACAUUGUAGUGGCACGCUUUAUUAUGGGGCAAAUUACUCAGACAGAACGCACACAAGUUUACGGCAAAUUAAAUCCACAUUUAAGAGCCCUAAGUUGCUGUAAGUCAAUGAACGUUAACCAGUUCAACGGUGAGUUAUCUUUAAUGUCCCAUUUAACCUUGCAUUAUAUCCGCUUUGCCAUUAAGCACGGCCGUUGAAAAUUUUUCCACUUCCUGAUGUCUGUCAUGUUGAAAAUUGCCAGUUCGCUUAAACUACAUACAUUGCAUCAUUGUAGUGUUGUUGUUUUUUUUUUUUUUCCCACUCUGUGCGUUGCCUGAAAGAGGAAAAGGGAGGUUAUACUCACGGCCUAUUUUAUGAAGGUCGCACGUGUGCCCGCGUGGUUGUCGGCCCCCACCCUUUCGGAAUGUACGACCCACCAGCCAAACAAAAAUAAGAGGGGGGGGUGGGAGAGGCCAGACGAAAACAUAUCUCUUCGCCGAAGGCCGGGCCGAAUCUGGGACUCUCCAAGUUGAGACCUCAUUGGAAGACUUAAAUCAAUGGUUCCCAAAUUUGUAUACAUUAUGCACCCAUUCUCACCCAUGCGAAUUUAUUGGCUAGCACUAUCAACCUUUAAAAAAAAAGUGACAAUGUAUUUUAAAGCGAGACAAAAAUGUAUUUCUACAGAAGUGCCAAAAGAGGCUAUCUUAAAGUUAGAUAGAAAAUCGACUUUUAGUGUUUAUAUAUUUUUAACACCUGAAUUAUAAAGAUAACUGUAGAUCUUAUUAUUAUCUUAUCUUAAUGCUACGUAAAGUCGUAUUGGAAGGAAGAAAUGGAAACUAUGUUGACACAAUAUGGCGCAAGACAACCAUUUUUUAUCAUUAAAAAAAAAAAAAAAGACUCAACUCCUAGAUUGUUUAUUUUCCUAAUUUCUUGUUUGAGAACCAUUCUCCAGCUUUGCAGCUGCUCGAAGAAAGAUGGUUUAUCUCAUUAAAAAAUGUCUGCUGAAGCUUUGUCACCUUCAAGAACACGUCAUCGUGUGUGGGGGCCGUCAAUUCACGAAGCUAAAGAUGCAAAAUGUAUCCAGCGCCGUUUGCAUUCCUCAGAAGAAAUGAACAACCUGACACCACUCAUUGUGGUAGCACCGCCACAGCCUCGGCCUAGACACCACUCAUUGUGGUAGCACCGCUACAGCCUCGGCCUAGACACCACUCAUUGUGGUAGCACCGCCACUGCCUCGGCCUAGACACCACUCCUUGUGGUAGCACCGCUACAGCCUCGGCCUAGACACCACUCAUUGUGGUAGCACCGCCACAGCCUCGGCCUAUACACCCCUCGUUGUGGUAGCAGCGCCACAGCCUCGGCCUAGACACCCCUCAUUGUGGUAGCACCGCUACAGCCUCGGCCUAGACACCCCUCGUUGUGGUAGCACCGCCACAGCCUCGGCCUAGACACCAUUCCUUGUGGUAGCACCGCUACAGCCUCGGCCUAGACAACAAUCAUUGUGACAGUCUAUGGUGAAUGCAAAAUAAGGAACCUGCUUUAUCAUAUAUCUCAAGGCAUUUUUAAAUUGAGUAGAACGUUUCUCAAUUUUUUUUUUAAUUCUGCAUUUCUUGCUUAAAUAUUUGGUUGCUCCACAAUCACUAGAUCGCUCAAUGUUCUUUUAACACUGGGUAAUAGGCUACCACAGUUGAACGACAUAUGUUUUUUUUUUAAAAUCUUAUUUGAAAUUUCCCAACAGCUCCUUGUGGCCUCUGAAAGCGAGUCCACGCAUCGCUGAAGUAAAAGUAAUGUUUACAACGCUGUGAACAAUUUGCCUCCGAAAGUUAUUUCUUGUAACUCUUGCUUCUCAUUUCCUUCAUUAAUGAUUUUAUGAAGCCUGGAGUGAUCAAAACUACUCAAGAUUCAGCAUGUCCAUAUGCAUCUUCAUGCGCACGAAAUGUACGACUACAUAUAAGGAUUAAAGCAGAACCCUCUAUAUAGAUAAGAAAUUCUAGAUAUUGCAUCACCUGCUACCAUUCUGUAGAACAAAUAAAACGUAUUGUAAUGUAAAAAAACCUUUUCCCAAUCAAGGGAGGGGUCGGUAAAAGUUUUGCGCGAUCACAAAAAAAGCCAUCAUGACUCACAAUACAUGAGUCCAGUUUCCGCGAAUAACACAAAGAACUAACUGGUCAUAUGAAUCCAUGGCAUCUCUAGGUGUCCUCUCUUAAUACAAUCCUGAAAUGCUUCUGUUGUUUUGAUUCUGGUCCCUAGGGAAAGGAGUUUCAGGUUGGCAUGUUCUAUGUUCCACAAUAAACCGUGUGAUGCUGUUGUCACUUACAUUAACAUAAAAUUGUGGUCUGUCCGCUGGGAAUGGACCUAAAUUGGCUAUGCUGCUGAUGUCUUCAAUUCGACUGGGACAUCUUCCUACGUGUUUGCAGUUUGAGUAGAUUUGGGAUCAAACGCUUCGGCUGAAUCAGUUAACAGUAGUUAGCACUACAUCCUUCCGAGACGUUCAACAUUUCCUUCAUUAAUUUCCUUCAUUAAUGCUAACUUGCGCUCUUCCUGCUGCGCUGCAGCCAUCCUGACUUGCUCGACUUUUCAAGCUCGGCAGGGGCAGGCUGACUUUGCUUAGCUACUCCAUUACACAAAAAUAUCUUCUUUCUUCGUGUAGUUUCACUAAGCUUAACAUCUCCUUGCGUUACGCUUUGUUACUACACAUCGGUGUUCGUGUAACAUUCUCGGUCUGCGUUAUAUUUUUGUUAGUGUUAGUAUAACUUUCGUCACAUGACGUCACAAAACAGUAAUAGUUGCCUGCCAUGAGAGAUGAAUUUAGACGAUUAGAUUUAAUAAUUUUUCGGAGGUGCGGAAGGUGAUUUUUUUUUUGGGGGGGGGGGGUGGUUGGGGAUCCGCCCCGAGCGGCACUUUUAAUUCUGUCUAUGGAGGGGCGGCUUUCUCGGCCAACUAAAUACUUUUUACCGUGGAACGGGGGCGGCCUUAACCCUAGCUCCGCCACUGCUCCCUUUUUGGGGGGGGGGGGAGGUGGUUUUUUUUUUGGGGGGGGGGGGGUGGUUGGGGAUCCGCCCCGAGCGGCACUUUUAAUUCUGUCUAUGGAGGGGCGGCUUUCUCGGCCAACUAAAUACUUUUUACCGUGGAACGGGGGCGGCCUUAACCCUAGCUACGCCACUGCUCCCGUGGAGUCUGAUCAAACAAGUAAAAUUGUCUUUUUUGAAAAUAUUUUAACACUCUCUUACUUUAUUGCGUCUGACUCAUAAGUAUUCUUGGUCGGACAGGGCCCCCCACCACGGCCGGGCCCCGCAACACGGACGUAGCUGCUACCACGGGAGGUACGCCACUAACAGCAUGCACUGUAUGAACCAGCAGUGACUUAGUGUGGAUUCACUGUAAGCCUUAGCAUUGCAUUGGUGUAAGGCCAAUGUAAAAAUAAUAAUGAUAGUAAAAUAGUAAAAAGCGUCCCACUGUGGUUUGUUGUCAUGUUAAGUUUAAAAAAACUUUUAAAAGAAUCAGUCUUGUUUAAUACACAUUACAAUCUUGUUUCAUCCACAUUACAACCUUGCUUCCUCAGCAGUAUACAAUCUUGUUUCACAUACAUUACAACCUUGUUUCAAACACACAUUACAACCUUGUUUCAUAAACAUAUUACAACCUUGUUCCAUACACGUUACUACCCUGUUUCAAGCACCCCAUUCUUGAUUGAGUGUGUCGGUGAGUCUCAACACGUCCUCAGACCAAUCGCUUGCGGCAUAGAGCCGAGUAAACAUGGUUUUGAACGCCAAGUCACGUAGGAGUUUGUUUCAUCCACACACACCCACACAAACACCACAUCUAAAGCCAAAAAGAAAAUAAUAAUAAUAAUAAUAAUAAUUUAAAACAAAAAACAAAAACAAAAAAAACAACACCUGGGUAUGGUCGCACGCAAGCAACUUACAAAUGACGUAAUCUACCGGGGUUCAGGGGAUGGCCUGAGAGUUCAUUAAGUUCAUAUUUUGGCGGAAAUGGUUGCGUCAUUUGAGCUCAUUUAACAGACCGUGCUGUGUGUGUGGUAGCUGGUAGGUUAAACCGGGCCUCUUGACCGCUAUUUGUUUGUAACAUCGACGCCUUUGCCAGUCAGGUGAAGGUCAAGACACCCCCCCCCUGCUUCUAAGAGUAAACACGGUAAAUACAUGUAACACAGUUACGAAAGGAAUGCGGGUCAUCCAGCACAUCACACGUCUUCGCCAACCAUUGGAAGGGUGUCCGUGCACUACGGGUGCGGAACGCCUGAUGGAGAACAGCGGCUCUCAAACUGUGGGUCGCAACCCUUUUGGGGGGGUCGAACGACCCUUACACAGGGGGUCGCCUAAGACCAUCGUAAAACACAUAUUGAUGAAGUAGCAACGAAAAUAAUUUUAUGGUUAGGGGGUCACCACCAACUUAGGAACUGCAUUAAAGGGUCGCGGCAUUCGGAAGGCUGAGAACCACUGAUGUAGAAGAUUCAUUCUUAUUAAAUUUAGUUCCGGGCGAUCUCUUACAUUUACAUGUGUCCCGGGAAAUUGUGCAUAACAUAACAAACCAUAAUUAAUGGAAGUCGUCGAGGGAAGCGUUUCCUGGUCUUUGUCUUAGAUAUAUUACACUUUCAACAGGAGAGUGGCAAGUGGUGGUACAAGGCGGCGCUGUUUUCGAUGGGAAAUAGCAGCAACCCAUUCCUCUCUCUCCUAUCGCCAAUGAUUUUUUUUUUAAUCUAUUUUUAAAUUCAGUCUACUUUUGCAUUUUUGGGGCAAGAAAAACAAAGUGUACGUGUGUUGGAGUGGUUGGGGGGAGGGGGGAAUCCCUUUUCCAGACAUAACCUAAUUAAUCUUACGACUUCGAAAGAACAUAAUAAUUUGUUGUGAAUUUUUUAAAUUAUAAAUUCAUUUAUAACUGCUACAUCUUACCAUGCAAAUGCUGACCUCAAGGUUUUUUUUUUCCCCUUUCACUUCUGCAGGAUAUUGUAGCGUGGAUCACGUUGGGCAGCUACCACAUUCCCCAGACCGAGAACGUGCCCACCACCGCGACAGUGGGGACAACUCAGUCGUUCUUCCUGGUGCCGUUCAACUACUUCAACGAGGACCCGUCGCUGGCUUCCCGGGACGCCGUCAAAAUAAUGCCACUCGACCCGCGGUCCCCGAACUCCGGGGCCGCAAUAAACAGGCACAACAUGUCUUUAUUUUUCGACUGUGAAACCAAGAGAAUUGACCAGCGGCUGUCCAGAAAUAGCACGUUCUUAUUUUCUUAACCACGGUCAACUGACAUAGGUCUCAAUGUUAUUUUCUUAACUACGGUCAACUGACAUAGGUCUUAAUGUUAUUGUCUUAACUACGGUCAACUGACAUAGGUCUUAAUGUUAUUGUCUUAACCACGGCCAACUGACAUAUGUCUCAAUGUUAUUUUCUAAACUACGGUCAACUGACAUAGGUCUCAAUGUUAUUUUCUUAACUACGGUCAACUGACAUAGGUCUCAGUGUUAUUUUCUAAACUACGGUCAACUGACAUCAAUAGGUCUCAGUGUUAUUUUCUAAACUACGGUCAACUGACAUCAAUAGGUCUCAGUGUUAUU